GUUCCACUCAGCCUCCCUCAUACUGACGUUCCCUUCCAGACCGGCUCCUGUUAGACUCCUGUUAUAAGUCGUUUGUCGACUCAGUCUCUGCUACGGCCAUUUUCGCUCGUUUCCUACGCAGCAUCAUCUCCGUCCUCUUCGCAUCUCAUUCAGCGAGCCCACUACCGCGCAUUCGUAUCGCAGGUCGAUCCCAUCUUCAACGACUAUUAUUGCAGUCCACGGCCUCAGCACAUACCGAUCCUUUAAUCACGUCACUUCUCAUCAUCAUCAUGUCGUCUUCCAACGUUGCCUUCGGUUCGCUCUCUGUUGCUCUCGCCCAGGCUAUCACCUACCUCACUCGCCCCCUUAUCGCUCGUUACUCCGCGGUGACCAUCAUCAAGCUGCAGCUCGCACUCGAGGCCAAUCUUACUGCGCAGUUCUCCCCAUCGUGGAGCCCGAGCGAGCCUCUCCGUGGCUCUGGGCGCCGCUGCCUCACUCUCACUCCCAACGGCCUCCCUCCUCGCACCAUCUACAACGCUUGCAAGUCCGCUGGCGUUCAGUGGUCCGAGUGGAUUGCACUCCUUGGCAACGUGGAGUUCGAUCUCUUCAUCGAUCCCGGCUGCGUCUCUGUCCGCUUCGGAAGCUGGGACUCGGGCAAGGUCGGCAAGUUCUUCACGAUCUGGUCCGAGGACACCAUCGACAUGAUCGAGCAAAAGAGGGCCGCUGCGGACAAGGAGGCGCGUCUUGAGGCCGAACUUAAGGCUCAGGCUGCUGCCCGCGCUGCAUGCAAGCCCACCAAGACCUACGCUCAACAGCUGCUCGAGGUCGACCAGGACGACGAGGAGCUCUUUGCCUUGAUCGCCGACGAGAUCCGCGAGCCCACUUGGCUCACGCCCAUUCUCUGCGAGUUCCCCUCCAUCCCUGCCCCGGCACGCGACAUCACGUCCUCUCCCAUGUCUACCGUUUCCACCCUCUCUUCGCAUUCGCGCUCGAGCUCUUCCAGCUCGAGCUCCGGCUUCACCUUCUCGUCCGUCGAGAGCGGCGACUCUUACGGCUCUUCUUCGACCAUCUCCCAGUCGUCUUGCGCUCUCUCGCCCUCGGACGAGAAGCCCAAGCCCAAGCUGUCUCGCCGCGAGCGUGCCCGCCAGGCGCGCGUCUUUGUCGACUCCUCUAAGAACCAGGUCACCAACUACGACGGCGGCAAGACGACCGUGCUCACCGGCGGCGUUAUGCUCGGCGGCGGCCCUACUCCCAAGGCGAAACCGGCUCCUGCUGUUGCGCCUAAGAAGGCUAGCGGCUCCAACUUCCAGAGCACGAACUGGCGCUCCUCCACUCGCGCCUAAGCGUGACCAUCUUUCCUUCUGCUUCCGAACCUUUGCUCUGGACGAGAUCCACGACUCUGGCGCGCCUCGGCCGUGCCAAGAUGCCCUUUACACGAAAAUCCACGAAAAGCAUCAAGAUCGCCCACAUACCCUAUCCUACAUCAUCGCGCGCUUCAGCGCCCUAUUCGUCUCCGCUUCUCCGCUCUCCACUGUUCUGGUCGAAUGUGUAGCAUGAACUCCAUCCUGUGUCGAACAAUCUGGACUCUCGGUAACUAUAUCACUAGCUAGGCACUUUGUAAUUCCUACGGCUCCGCAUAUCUUUCUGUCUUCAUAGCACAUCUUCACCUUCAUUUGCACUUGCACAGGUCUGGAACAUUCACCUUCAUUGUAUAUUCGUAUCUUUAUGUGGCCAUAGCUCUCGCUGUAGUAUAUAACAAGCCGAUUUUGGUCUGGGAACCUCAACACAACUCCGCGUCCCCUGCGUGUGUAUCCUCGAGACAAGACGAUAAAGUGCUUCGAAGUGGUCUCAAUCGCACCGAUUGUUACGAGCGCGUGACGUCAAACGUCGAGACAAGUGGAGGAGCGAUAGUCUGGAAUGCGACGAAUUUCCCAAUAUGCUGGCACUCUGCUGGAUUCAACAGGUCCACAGGCCGGAGAGUUUGGCGCCGAUCAACUCACGUCGGUGUUAGUCCCGCUCGAAUAGGCGAGACCGGAGUCACAGUGGGGCCCGGGGUUGGUGUCGGAGCACUGAUGAGGACCAAUGGUCUGUGCUCACUGCCCCCGCCGGGGCAUCCACUCCGUCGAUUUCCUUGUCACAGUGGGACAGAAGGGCUGCUGCACUCGCGUUGACUCGGCGAG